AUGCCGACUACUCUGGAGGUGAUCAACAUCUUCUUCAUCAUCCUAACCUUCCCCAUUGGUGCGACCGGAGUAGAACAAACUGUUCUUGCACAGAACAUGGCUGGGUUGAAUAUCCAGGCUCUUCAUGCUCUAUUAUCAAGAUAUUAUAAUCAAUUUCCACUUCAACCCGUGGCGCCUCCACCAGCUUCAUCUGCACCAUACAUGCUCCCAGCAAUGAACAUGAAUAAUUUCAACCUUCAUGUUGCCCCGCUCAUUGCACCCACACCGCAACCAUUCAAUCCCCAAUAUAAUUUUAUUCCGACAAUGACAAUCGCAAAUAAUGAGCCGAUGGUCAACUUGCAACGAGAGCCAAUAGUUGAAGUCCUACCUGACAAUUCAAAUCUAAUUUAA